AUGAGUUACUUUAUUGGAAAAUUAAUUUUCCUGUCAAUUUUUAUAAUUUUGGCAAAGUCGGACACUACAUUUGAUCCAAUCCUUCAGUCAUAUCGCUCAAACUACCUCAGUCUUAAAGGAUCAGCAUAUUCCAGUCUCGAUAAGUCAUUCUUUGAUGUCUACAACUUACUAAAGUCAAAAAUUGCAGAGAUUCGAGACACUUACUCGCAAUAUUCAGCAGUCAUGAACAAAUCAUGCUCAAAUUUCGAAUACAACAACACCAAAUCUGGAACUGGAAGUCGUCUAAUGAGCUUCUGUGGAACAACAAACUCAAUAAUGGAUUACACAAGUCAGGAGCUUGAUGAUCUCAUUACAAAUUUCUAUUAUGGAACUUUAGGUGGCGAUACUGAGCCGCUUAAGGUUGCUGACUACAUGUGGCAGUCCGGUGACGAUAAUUUAAAUUCACUUCCUUUUUUGUAUGAUAAAAGUUCGAGUUGCAUGAGCAGCAAUUUGGUAGCGUAUUUGCAAAUAUUCCGAAAAAAUAUUAAUAAUAUAAUCAGCAAGUCGACAAUUGUAACAAGAAACAUAACAAGUACAUUUUUGAACACAGUGUCCGAAACCAAAAACAUUGGUGAUUUUAUUAAAAACAUGGCAGGUGAAUUGAACAGCUGUAACAAGCUUAAUGACAGUACAAAAUGUGUUCGACAAUUUCUCGUCAACUUCUCAAACUGUGAAGAACAAGUCAGCUGCUCAACUGAAAAACUUCAACAAACAAUCGAGAACUGCACCAACUUAGUCAGCGAAAUAAAACUUUUAUACCAUGAGAACAUGAUGGAUGCAAAGGAGCAGGUCUUUAAAAUUGACGAUGACUUAGAUGAGUGGACUAAUACUGUUAAUAAAUGCAUUUCAACCAAAAUGAGCACUUCCAAAACAACAACUACAGACAGGUCUGUUAAAAAUACGCGAACAACUGCAAAGAACACAACAGCAACAGCUCGUAGAAACACAACAACACCAACUAAAUCUAGUAGUACAACAACAACAAGAAAGGCAACAACAACAACCCCAAAUAAGACAACAACAACCCCAAAUAAGACAACGAGCCCAACAACACGUAGAACAACUCCGACAACCACCAAAAGUGCCAGUACAAGCACAACUAGCACAAAACCACGCAGAAGAUCUUAA